AUGGCUCCCAUGAAAAAGCUCCUGGCGAAGGGGAGCAAAAAAAGAGAAGCAGGUUCUGAAGCUCCCCUUGACUGCACCACCCAGAAGAUAAAACUAUGGACGCUGCCAACUUUUGAGCAGUUUCUUCAGGAGAGAAUCAAAGUGAAUGGAAAAGCUGGGAAUCUUGACAGAGGGGUUGUAACCAUUGAAAGAAGCAAGAUGUCUGAGGUGCCUUUUUCCAAAAGGUAUUUGAAAUAUCUCACCAAAAUAUAUUUGAAGAAGAAUACUCUACGUGACUGGUUGUGUGUAGUUGCUAACAGCAAAGAGUUACGAAUUGUGUUACUUCCAGAUAAACCAGGAUGAAGAGGAGGAGGAA